AUGCCUCCGGCCGAGGCUGCGGUAGGCGCCGCUGGCGCCGCCGCCGACGGGCAGCCGCAACAGCGCGGUGGCGGCUUCUUUCAGUCAAUAAUCCGAAUGGUCAUGAUGUAUUACGCGAUGAAGAUGUUCACAGGAGGCGGCAACAAGGGGGCGCAGCAGGCGGACGGCAAGGAAGCCAGGAUUGUGUCCCCCCGCCUGCCGCGGGGCCACCCUCUCGACAUGCACCUGUUCAUCUCUGAGGAAGCCAGCUGGCAGGCGGUGGCGGCGCAGGCGCAGCCGGUGUGGCUGGCCGCCGACGUGGCGCUGGCGGAGCCGGAUGUGAAGCGGGAGGCCACCUUUGUGUACCGCCCAUCCAAGGUGGGCGGGCAGGACGACUUUUUCGACCACACCGCCACCUUUGCCCGCACCCAGCCGCUCAACCGCUACCUCAAAAAGCGGGCGGCCAAGGAGGGGGUCAACCUGCUGUCUGGAAAGAACAGCACAGACGACGCCGCCAUGCCGGACGACAUGGCUCUGGGCAACGAGACGAUCAUCAUCUCCUACCUCCACCCCAACAUCACCCUGCAGAUGGUGGACGACUUCAGCAAGUUCAACGAGCGAGCGGUACCGCCGCAGUACAAGGACCUUGCUGACGUGGACCCCGCCACCCUCACCUACGCGCCGCACAUCUGGUUCAACAACUUCUGGCUGCUGCGCGACUACCUGGUGCCUGUGAACGAGAGCCUGGCCGAGCUGGAGCUGCACCUGGAGCUGAGCAGCGUGGCUUCCUGGAAGUACAUGCUCAUGUCGCAGGACAAGGCCGACGGGGAGGAGGAGGAGGAGGAGGAGAAGGAGGAGGAGGAUGGCGCGCAGGAUGGGCAGCAGGCGGCGGGCGGCAGCAACGGCAGCGCGGCGGCGGCGGCCAAGGCGCGUACAGCGGGCAAGGCCAAGAGCAAACCCGCAGAGGAGAUUGAGGCGGAGUCGGAGGGGGAGGAGAAGAAGGACAAGUGA